CGGUAGUCGGAGGCGAGGCUUUCGGCUGUCAGGGGCUGCCUGGCCCGGAAGCGGCAGCGGCGGCGAGGAGACUGCGGGGCGGGCCAUGGCGGCGAACCUGAGCCGGAACGGGCCGGCGCUGCAGGAGGCCUACGGGCGGGUGGUCACCGAGAAGUCCCCGACCGACUGGGCUCUCUUUACCUAUGAAGGCAACAGCAAUGACAUCCGCGUGGCUGGCACGGGGGAGGGCGGCCUGGAGGAGAUGGUGGAGGAGCUCAACAGUGGGAAGGUGAUGUACGGCUUCUGCAGAGUGAAGGACCCCAACUCUGGCCUGCCCAAGUUUGUCCUCAUCAACUGGACUGGCGAGGGCGUGAACGAUGUGCGGAAGGGAGCCUGCGCCAGCCACGUCAGCACGAUGGCCAACUUCCUGAAGGGGGCCCAUGUGACCAUCAACGCACGGGCUGAGGAGGACGUGGAGCCUGAGUGCAUCAUGGAGAAGGUAGCCAAGGCCUCUGGUGCCAAUUACAGCUUCCACAGAGAGAGUGGCCGCUUCCAGGACACGGGGCCGCAGGCCCCAGUGGGCUCUGUGUACCAGAAAACCAAUGCUGUAUCUGAGAUCAAAAGAGUUGGCAAAGACAGCUUCUGGGCCAAAGCUGAGAAGGAGGAGGAGAACCGCCGGCUGGAGGAGAAGCGGCGGGCCGAGGAGGCACAGCGGCAGCUGGAGCAGGAGCGCCGGGAGCGGGAGCUGCGUGAGGCCGCGUCCCGGGAGCAGCGCUAUCAGGAGCAGGGUGGCCCUCAGAGCAGGACGUAUGAGCAGCAGCAAGAAGUGGUUUCACGGAACAGAGAGGAGCAGAAGUCUGCCAGUCAGCAGGCCACACAUGCGAGGGAGAUUUUCAAGCAGAAGGAGAGGGCCAUGUCUACCACCUCCGUCUCCAGCCCUCAGCCAGGCAAGCUGCGGAGCCCCUUCCUGCAGAAGCAGCUCACCCAACCAGAGACCCCCUUCAGCAGAGAGCCAACUCCCACUAUCUCAAGGCCCAGGGCAGAUGUCUGCGAGGAGCCGGCACCCAGCACUCCUCCACAUCUGGUGCAGGCGGAAGAGGAGGCCGUGUAUGAGGAGCCCCCGGAGCAGGAGAACUUCUAUGAGGAGCCCCCACUGGUGCAGCAGCAAGGUGCUGGCUCUGGGCAUAUCGACCAUCACAUGCAGGGCCAGGGACUCAGUGGGCAAGGGCUCUGUGCCCGGGCCCUGUACGACUACCAGGCAGCCGAUGACACAGAGAUCUCCUUUGACCCUGAGAACCUCAUCACAGGCAUCGAGGUGAUCGACGAAGGCUGGUGGCGUGGCUAUGGGCCAGAUGGCCACUUUGGCAUGUUCCCUGCCAACUACGUGGAGCUCAUCGAGUGAGGCUGGGGGCCUGUCCUUCCCUUCCCUUUCAGACAUGGCUUCCUUAUUCCUGGAAGAGGAGGCCUGAGAGUUAGGUUCGGCACUCUUUCAGGAAUGGGGUCCCUAAUGAAGAUGGGGCCUCGGGGCUCCCCCUGGCUUGGGUGGCUCAGCCUGUCACUCCAAACGCAGCAAUUACCUGGUGAUUCCCAGACAUCCUUCCUGCAGCCUCCCAGGCCCUCCCAGGCAGCCUGGCCCUUGACCCCAACAGGAUAUUGAGCCAAGCGCCGCCUGUGUCCAGCCCCCCUGUGACCUCGAGUGUCUGCUGCCAAGCUGGGGACAGGAGUUCUGAGCAGGGGCGUCUGGAGGCUCCAGGCUGCCUUCUACAUUUGCCUUUUUUCUUUUUCUCAUGCUUGUAAGGGGUGGUGGCUGUUCAGAAUGACCCUUGGAAACAGUGAACUUAGAGAAUUGCUUUAGCAGAGUUUGUGACGAAAGUCAGAGUGGAUCGUGACGGUUUUGGUAGCAGGGAAGUCAUCUUACUGGAGCCCGCUUGGUGCUCCCCGCUCCAUUUCUCCGUCCCUCUGCCUAGGCUGUGGGAAGUGGGGAUGGGGACAACCAAACUCCCAUCUCUGGGUAUGUGAAAACAACAGACACAAUGUGCUCUUCCAUGUGGCUCCUCACUGCUGCCCCGGUGUGCACCUCGGCUGCCUCUGGCUUCAGGAAAAGUAACACAGAGUGGCCUUUGCCUGUUGUCUGCCCGCUGUUUUCUGUCCCAGCCCAUCUGUGUCUCUGAACAGUCUGCGUUUGGAC